AUGGCAGCUCUAAUAAAGAUUUCUGGCGCGAUUUUCUGUGUUGUUCUCUUAUUUUCAUCUAUAAACUCAAAACCACUGACAAAGAAAGAACGUGAAGAAAUUGGCAACCAAUGUGUGAAAGAAACCGGCGUCGACCGCGCCAUCAUCGCAAAUGUCGUCAAAACUCAACAAACGGUCGACAACGAACAAUAUCUAGAUUAUUUGGUCUGCAGCUAUAAACUACAAGGCUUCCUGGACAAAAAUGGACCGGUUAUUUUACACGAUAAUAUCGUAACAUUCCUCUCAGAUUUCUACACAAUGGAUGAGCUUACAUUCGUCAUGAAAGAGUGCAAAGAGGUGAAAAACACCGACGUAAGACAAUUAGUAGGCAAUACUCUUGAAUGUUUAUUGCGAAAACUUAAAGAAGUCGAUGUGAUGCGAACGACGGCAAAGAAUCAAGGAAAAGAUUAA